GCUGCUGGACAGCAGUCCGCCGGGCAUUCAGGGCGGGGCGCGAGCAGAGGCAGGUCAUGGCAGCGCCGGGCGGCGGGUCGGAGCCGCCGCAGCUCCCCGAGUACAGCUACAGCUACGUGGUGUCGCGGCCGGUCUACAGCGAACUCGCCUUCCAGCAAAAGCACGAGCGGCGCCUGCAGGAGCGCAAGACGCUGCGGGAGAGCCUGACCAAAAGCUGCAGUUGUUCAAGAAAGAGAGCCUUUGGUGUGCUCAAGUCUCUCAUGCCUAUUUUGGAGUGGCUCCCCAAAUACCGAAUCAAGGAAUGGUUGUUAAGUGACAUCAUUUCAGGAGUUAGUACUGGACUAGUGGGUACAUUGCAAGGGAUGGCGUAUGCUUUACUCGCUGCGGUUCCGAUUGGAUAUGGUCUCUACUCUGCCUUUUUUCCUAUCCUGACAUACUUCAUCUUUGGAACAUCAAGACAUAUCUCAGUUGGACCUUUUCCAGUGGUCAGUUUAAUGGUGGGAUCUGUGGUUCUGAGCAUGGCCCCCGAUGAAAACUUUCUUGUGUCCAGCGUUAAUGGAACUGCAGCCAAUACCACCCUGAUAGACUCUGCAGCUAGAGAUGCAGCGAGAGUGUUGAUUGCCAGCACUCUCACACUUUUGGUUGGAAUCAUACAGUUGAUAUUUGGAGGUUUGCAGAUUGGAUUCAUAGUGAGGUACUUGGCAGAUCCUUUGGUUGGUGGAUUCACAACAGCUGCUGCCUUCCAAGUGCUGGUCUCACAGCUGAAGAUUGUCCUCAAUGUUUCAACCAAAAAUUAUAACGGAGUUCUCUCCAUUAUCUACACUCUGGUUGAGAUUUUUCAAAACAUUGGUCAUACCAAUCUUGCUGAUUUCAUUGCCGGAUUACUCACUAUCGUCAUCUGUAUGGCAGUUAAGGAAUUAAAUGAUCGAUUUAAACACAAAAUUCCAAUCCCCAUACCUAUAGAAGUAAUUGUGACAAUAAUUGCUACUGCCAUUUCAUAUGGAGCUGACUUGGAAAACAAUUACAAUGCUGGCAUUGUUAAAUCCAUCCCAAGGGGGUUUUUGCCUCCCGUGCUCCCAUCUGUCAGCCUGUUCUCUGAGAUGCUGGCUGCAUCGUUUUCCAUCGCUGUGGUGGCUUACGCUAUUGCAGUGUCAGUAGGAAAAGUAUAUGCCACCAAAUAUGAUUACACCAUCGAUGGGAACCAGGAAUUCAUUGCCUUCGGGAUCAGCAACAUCUUCUCGGGAUUCUUCUCUUGCUUUGUGGCCACCACUGCCCUGUCCCGCACUGCUGUCCAGGAGAGCACAGGGGGAAAGACACAGAUUGCAGGCAUUAUCUCAGCUGUGAUUGUCAUGAUCGCCAUUGUUGCCCUGGGGAAGCUUCUGGAACCCUUGCAAAAGUCAGUCUUGGCAGCUGUUGUAAUUGCCAACCUGAAAGGGAUGUUUAUGCAGGUGUGUGACGUUCCCCGGCUGUGGAGGCAGAAUAAGAUUGAUGCUGUUAUCUGGGUGUUUACGUGUGUGGUGUCCAUCAUUCUGGGGCUGGACCUUGGUUUACUAGCUGGCCUUAUAUUUGGACUAUUGACUGUGGUCCUGAGAGUUCAGUUUCCUUCAUGGAAUGGCCUUGGAAGCAUCCCUAGCACAGAUAUCUACAAAAGUACCAAGAAUUACAAAAAUAUUGAAGAACCUGAAGGAGUGAAGAUUCUGAGAUUCUCUAGUCCCAUUUUUUACGGCAAUGUUGAUGGUUUCAAAAAAUCCAUCAAGUCCACAGUUGGAUUUGACGCCAUUAGAGUAUAUAAUAAGCGGUUGAAAGCACUGAGGAAAAUACAGAAACUCAUAAAAAACGGACAAUUAAGGGCAACAAAGAACGGCAUCAUAAGUGAUGCUGGUACACCAAAUAACGCUUUUGAGCCUGAUGAAGAUAUCGAAGAUCCGGAAGAACUUGAUAUCCCCACCAAGGAAAUAGAGAUUCAAGUGGAUUGGAACUCUGAGCUUCCAGUCAAAGUGAAUGUGCCCAAAGUGCCAAUCCACAGCCUCGUGCUUGAUUGUGGAGCUAUAUCUUUCCUGGACGUUGUUGGAGUGAGGUCACUGCGAGUGAUUGUCAAAGAGUUCCAAAGAAUUGAUGUGAAUGUGUACUUUGCCUCGCUUCAAGAUCAUGUAAUAGAAAAACUGGAGCGAUGUGGGUUCUUUGAUGACAACAUUAGAAAGGACACGUUCUUUUUGACUGUCCAUGAUGCGAUACUUUAUCUACAGAAUCAGGUGAAAUCCCAAGAGGGCCAAGAUUCCAUCUUAGAAACGAUCACCCUCAUUCAAGACUGUAAAGAUCCCCUUGAACUAAUGGGAGCAGAGCUGAUGGAAGAAGAACUUGAUGUCCAAGACGAGGCCAUGCGUAGACUUGCUUCCUGA